UGAAAUUAUAUUUUUGCUGUUUUGAGAGAUGGAGAUUGAGCAAAAGCAAGAGGAGGUCAUCGAUCACUUCGUGAAGCGAGCCUCGUCUCUCGACGGCUCCGCCCUCGGCCCCCUCGUCGCGGAAGCCACCUCCCACCCUGCCCUUUUCGCCUUUUCGGAGAUUAUCGCUGUACCUAAUGUUCUUCAGCUUGAAGGAACUGAAAAUUCUGUGUACCUGGAUCUGCUUCGAUUGUUUGCACACGGCACAUGGAGUGAUUACAAGAGUGAUGCCAGUCGCCUACCACAGUUGGUCCCUGAUCAAGUCUUAAAGCUGAAGCAGCUCACUGUUCUUACACUGGCUGAGACAAACAAGGUACUACCGUAUGAUCAACUUAUACAGGAGUUAGAUGUUAUUAAUGUACGUGGGCUCGAGGAUUUUCUCAUUAAUGAGUGCAUGUAUUCGGGCAUAAUAAGAGGAAAGCUGGAUCAGUUGCGAAAAUGCUUGGAGGUACAGUUUGCUGCUGGGAGAGAUCCGAGACCUGGACAACUUGGGAGUAUGAUUCAAACACUGUCAAACUGGUUGGAUACCUCAAACAAUCUUCUUAUCUCAAUUCAAGAAAAGAUUAAGUGGGCUGAUGCUAUGACUGAAGUGGCCAAGGAACACAAAAAAGAAGUUGAAAAUAGGGUGGAAGAAGUAAAGAAGUCGAUUUCCAUGAAGAAGUUCCCCACUGUAAGCAGGCCAACGUUGACCUCCGGGGGCACGAGGAGACCUACUCCGAACCUGGUGGAGUGAUGGACUAUGAGGAAGACCAAAGUCGACCAAAGAGGAGACGGCAUCCAUAUAUAGAUAAGAGUUGAGAGGUGGAAAUAACCGGUGUUUCCGCAAAUUUAAGUAGCCUCGAUUUUUGUUCGUGUCUUUCCCAGAUCUGUUGAUAUCUCCUUUUUGGAGACCACGAUCUCCGUCUCUGAUAUUAAACUCUUUUAUUUGUUGGUUUAGGCUUAUAGUUAAUAUAUAAUUUAGCUCGUCUUAAAUCCAUUGUUAUUCCAAUUGAGUUGACACAAACAGGAAUGAAUUAUGAAACCACAUUGGUUGGUGCGGCUAGCAUGCUUUACGGAUUGAUAUUGAGAUUGCUAUAACUCUACUCUUCUUUA